AUGGUGAUCUUUCGUGUUCGUGCCGCUGCGCUGUCAACAGCCUGCUGCUCCUCCGAGUACGGAUCAGCAGCAGCAGCAGCAAGGGCAGCAGCAGCAGCAACGGGAACAACAGCAAUAACAGCAUCGCCAGCAGCAACGGCAGCGGCAGAAGCAACUGCAACAGCAACAUCAGCAGCAGCAGCACCGGGAACAGCAGCAGCAGCAGCAGCACGCUGCUUUAGGCGACCUCGCUGUCUCCCUCGCUGCAGCAGCAGGGGCAGGAGCAGCAACAGCAGGGGGAGGAGCAGCAGCAGCAGCAGGAGCAGCAGCAGCAGCUCCUUUAGGUCUCAUAGGGUGCCCCUGGAGGCCCCUCUUGACUGUGUCUCGAGUAUGCAUGCAUGUUGCUGCUUAGGGGGGCCCCCAAGGAGGUUCUUGCAGGUGCAGCAGUUGGGGGCCCCCCUUCCCUUAUUAGGCAGCAGCACGGGGCAGCAAAAGGAGACACCUAACAAUGUAAGAAGGAGACAGUCCCUUGCUCGUUAUAACUCAAGGAGACAGUCUCCUGUAGCUAAGGCCUUCCAGCACCGCCGCAGCAGCAACAGCAACAGCAGCAGCAGCAGCAGCAACUUCAGCAGGAGCGUCAGCAGGAGCAGCAGCAACAGCAGACGUAGCAGCAAAAAUGGGAGCGCAAGAAGCCGGCGCAGCAGCAGCAACAGCUGGAUCAACAGCAGCAGCAGCAACAGCAGCAGCAGAGUGACUAGCCGCAGCAGCAACGCUAGCAGCAGUAACCCGCGUAGCAAGGACAGCCGGCAGAGCAGCAGCGGUAGUUGGAGCGACAGCAACGGCAGCAACGGCAGCAACAGCAGCAGCAGCAGCAGCAGCAGCAGCAGCAGCAGCGAGGAGGACCCUAUAGCGGAGACAUUUGCUGCAAGAAGGAGACAGAUGUUAACUGAUUAUGCUGCAUUAGGGAGACAGUUAUUAAAGACCCACAAAAGAAGAGACAAGGAAGCAAAGAAGGGGGGCCCCCCUGAGGGGCCCCCCUCGAAGGGACAAGAUAAGGGGCCCCUCAAAAAAGGGUCUCUUGAGGGGGGCCCCCUUUCAGAUGUACCCAAAGAACCCCCAGUAGAGGGGCCUCAGGAGGAGGGGACCCCCUCAAAAGUGGCCCCUAAGGGGCUCCCCCCCAAGGUGAAACCCAAGGGGCCCCCAAAGGGGCCCCCCAAGGGGGCCCCCAAGGAGGGCUCCAAGGAGGGCUCCAACGAGGGCUCCAAGGAGGCCUCCAAGGAGGGCUCUAAGAGGCCCCUCAAACCGAAGCCGCCGCCGCCAAAGGGGCUCCUGUCUCCAUCUAAGGGGCCCCCCGGUAAAGUGUCUCCCAAGGGGCCCCCAGGUAAAGUGUCUCCCAAGGGGCCCCCAGAGAAAGUGUCUGCUAAAGGACUGCCACCUCAGGAGUCUCCUGAGGGGCCCCCCAAAGGAGAGGCAGAAACUACCUCUAAGGGGCCCCCAAAGGGGCCCCCCAAGGGAUUUUCUAAGAGUGUACCUGGGGCGCCACCCAAAGUAGGUUCUAAGGGGCCCCCAGGGGGGCCCCCAAAGGGGACAAUGAAGACAAAGGAGGCUGCAGGGGGCCCCCCCAAUGUGAAGGAAGCAAAGGAGACACUAGGGGGGACAGGUGGGGGGGGCCCCGAGGGAGGUGCAGGCGAUGAAGCUAAAAGCAAGGGAGAUACCCCCUCUGUGGGGGGCCCCCCUUCAAAACCUUUGAAACAGAAGGGGCCCCCCCCUAAACCCCCCAAGGAGGUUCCCCCAGGUACCCAAGGGGCCCCGAAGGUGUCUAAUGAUGCUGGGGGGGCACCCUCAGCAGCUGCUGCUAAAGGGGGGCCCCCUUCAGCAACUCCCCCAAAGGGCCCCUUAUUAAAGCCGAAGCCUCCACCCCCUCCCCUUGCUUCUGGGGGCCCCUCUAAGGAUGCUGAAGGGACCCCCUCUAAGAAGGCUGCAGGGCCCCCGUCUAAGGAUGCUGCCGGGGCCCCUCCAACUUUAGGGGACCCUCCUACCCUAGGGGCCCCUGCACAACAAAGUACAGUGAAGGGAGGCCUCCUGCCGAAGUCUCCGGCUCCAAAGGGGGCCCCUCCUACCCUAGGGGCCCCUGCACAAGAAGGUACAGUGAAAGGAGGCCUCCUGCCGAAGUCUCCGGCUCCAAAGAGGGCCCCUUCAGGCUCUGCUGUACAGCAGCAGCAGCAGCAAGAACAGGAACAGCAGCAGCAGCAGCAGCCAAAGAAGGUUCCUGUCAAGGGACCAGGGGGACCUCCUGCGUCCCCUGCUGCUGCCUCAGGGGGGCCCCCAGGUGUCUCCUCUUCUGCUGUUGAGGGAAAAGUAUCUACUAAGGGGGGCCCACCUGCAGGGGGCCCCCCAGUUAGCAAAAAGGUAGAGGGGCCCCCUAUGGGGGCCCCCCUAACGGAGUUUAUUGGUAAGAAGCUGUCUGCUGGCGCGAAGGUUGUCUUAGGGAAGGGGCCCCCUAAGGGGCCCCCCAGUGCCCAACUAGCUUCCUGUAAAGUAGUUGUUGUUGGACAGGGGCCCCCCACAUCAUCUGCCGCUGCUGCCUCCUUAACAAAGGCCCCCUUCUACCCCGUGUCUGCUGCAACAGGUGCUGCUGGAGGGCCCCCGGGGAUGGAAACCCCUAAGCAGCAGAUUGGGGGGCCCCCCAGCGCUGCUACUAAGGGUGGUGGGCCCCCCACCAAGGGCCCUUUAAAAGUUGCUGCCCCUGUGUCUCCUCCGAGUAAGGAGGGGCCCCCGGUUACUGGGGCCCCCCCAGAGACAGGUAAAGAGGUUGCCACUAAGGGUAUAAAGGAGAAAAAAGAAAAAGGAGGGGCCCCCCUUACUGUCUUAGGUGCUAUUGCUGUUCUAUUAGGGAGAAGGGCAAGGAAAAGGGGACAAAAGAGGGGAGGAGACACCAAAGUGUCUCCUCGUAGGCCAACUGUCUCUAUUGAGGGCCCCCAAGGUCCCGGGACGCCGGUGGGGGCCCCUCCGGGCCAGCAGGGGCCCCCGGGGGGCCCUCCAGGGUCUAAAGGAGACAGUAAGGAAGGGGGCCCCUCUAGAUGGGAGACACUUAGUAGGGGAUGGAGUCGUGAGGAAUGGGGGGCCUUUGUGUUAGGGGAAGAGGAGACAGGAGGAGAGGAGACAAAAGGAGACAGCAGCAGCAGCAAAGUAGACAGCAGCAGCAAAGGAGACAACAGCAACAAAGGAGAGAAGAAAGGAGACAAUGAGGAGACAGGGGAGGAGAUAGGGGAGAUAGUAGAGCAGGUACUGCCUGUUACUGUCUCUUAUACAGAAGGAGACAAGAAAGGAGACAAAAAAGGAGACACUUAUUCUUAUACAGUAUAUGAUGAUGUUAGUGACGAGGAGACACUUAGAAAAGAAGCAGCAGAGGGUACACUAGGUAUAUUUAUAAGAAAAUAUCCUUAUAUAAAGGGUACAAGGGGGCCCCCUUAUGCAUCUAAGGUACCUAUUAAUACUCAUGGGGGCCCAAAAAAAGGGUUACAGGGGGCCCCAGGGGCCCAGGGGGGCCCCAGGAGACGUACUCUUAUGCAGCAGCAUAUAGAGGAAUUAAAAAGGGCACAGAAGCAAAAACGUCAUAAGGUAUAUCGGGCUGUAUCCUCAGGGGGGCCCCCCUACACAGGGGGGGCCCUCUUUAAUUAUGGGGCCCCCCUCUCUUUUCUUCCUACUAGGGUAGUAUGCAAGAAUGGGGGUAUUUAG